AUGUCUUCCGAAAAGGCCAGCCACAGCGAUCCCGACCCAGACAUUGACGUCGAAGCCGCCGCGGUGCCCGACACGCCCGAGUCCCCUGUCGACAACAGCGAGCAGGCGGCCGAGAAGCCAGCCCCCAAAACCGAAGAUGGCUUCACGAUUGUCGACUUUGACGGCCCCGACGACCCGGCGAAUCCCAUGAACUGGUCGGCGCGCAAGAAGUCCGUCACCAUUGCCCUGGUGACGCUGAUGACGGUGCUAUCCCCCAUUGGAUCGACCAUCAGCUCGGCCGCCGCCUCCGACAUCAUGCGCUUCUUCGGCUCCGACAACCAGACCGUCGGCGCCCUCGUCACCACCAUCUACCUGCUGGGCUACGCGUGCGGGCCCAUGGUCAUCGCGCCGCUGUCCGAGCUCUACGGCCGCGCGCCCCUCUACAAGAUCUGCAUCAUCUGGUUCCUGCUUUUCCACGUCGCCUGCGCCCUCUCGCCCAACCUCGCCGCCCUCGUCGUGUUCCGCUUCCUGGCCGGCGUCGGCGGCUCGUGCCCCGUCACGCUGGGCACCGGCAGCAUCGCCGACGUCGUGCCGGCCGCGAAGCGCCCGCGCGCCAUGUCCGCCUACGCCAUGGGCUUCAUCUCGGGCCCGUCCAUCGGGCCCAUCAUCGGCGGCUACCUGACGCCCGCGGCCGGCUGGCGCUGGGACUUUUGGCUCAUGGCCAUCCUGUCGGGCGCCAUGGCCCUCGUGGUCAUUGCCGUCCUGCCCGAGACGUACGCCUACGUCAUCCUCGACAAGAAGACGAAGCGCCUCAACAAGGCGGCCGCCGUCGCCGCCGGACAAGACGGUGCGCCCCCCGUCCGCUACAAGAGCAAGCUCGACUCGGGCCGCACGCCGCGCCAGCACUUUGCCUUUUCCAUCGGCCGCCCGCUCAAGAUGCUGCUGGUGCCCGUCGUCUUCUUGCAGUCGCUCUACGCCGCCGUCGUCUACAGCUACCUGUACCUCUGCUUCACCACCUUCCCCGCCGUCUUUGGCAACCAGUACGGCUUCGGCAGCGGCGCCUCCGGCCUCGUCACGCUCGGCUUCUUUGUCGGCUGCGUGCUCGGCAUCCUCUUCUGCGGCGGCGUCUCGCGCCGCAUGGUCGUCUACCUCGCCGCCAAGAACGGCACCGGCCCCAAGCCCGAGUACCUGCUGCCCACCCUCGUCGUCGGCGGCGUGCUCAUGCCCGUCGGCCUCUUCUGGUACGGCUGGUCCGCCGAGGCCCGCACCCACUGGAUCGUUCCCAUUCUGGGCACCGGCUUCCUCGGCUGCGGCGUCAUCAUCACCUACAUGGCCAGCACCCUCUACCUCGUCGACGCCUACACCGUCUACGCCGCCUCCGUCACCGCCUCCAGCACCAUCCUGCGCUGCGUCAUGGCCACCGUCCUGCCCCUCGCCGGCAGCGCCAUGUACGACCGCCUCGGCUUCGGAUGGGGCAACUCGGUGCUGGGCUUCAUUGCCGUCGCCUUUUUGCCGCUGGCGGUCGUCCUCUACGUCUUUGGCGAGCGGAUCCGCACGACGAAGCGCUUCCAGGUGAACUUUUAG